AUGGACCUGGGCAAGCCCGGCGACACCAUCGACCGUCGUGACCAAGCCGUGGAGAGCCCGAUUCAGUCCGGCCUCUGCCGGAAACAGUCCGAGCUUCUCCGGCAACCCCGUUUUCAAAACGACGAUGCUCACCUCAACCCCAGCCGCUGGUGGUUUGCCUCGUCGGCCUUUCCCAUGAUUGCCGGCACCCUGGGCCCGGUGGCCUCGGCCUUCAGUAUAUGUGCCCUCGUGCGACAGUGGCGCCAGCAUUACCCACCCGGCACAGAUAUCGCCAAGGCCAUCUUUGUCCCUGACCCUCCCUGGCUCAUCAUCAUCAACGCUGUGCAGCUGGUAAUGGCCCUCGUAUCCAAUGCCUUUCUCCUCCUCAACAUGGCAAGGCGGGUUCGCUUUAGCAUUGCCCAGCCCAUCACAAUCGUUGGCUGGUACAUAUCCGCCUUUUGCCUCCUGGCUCUCGGCGCCACCGCCGCCGGGCCACUGCUCGAAGACCUGGAACACCCCGUCGACGAAUACGUCUGGUCCCAGGCCUUUUACUACGGCAUCUGGGCCGCAAUUCUCUACUUCGUCGACGCCUCCCUCAUGGUAGUGACCUUCUGGGGCGCCUCGUCCGGCCAUUACAGCAAAGACUUCAACCUGACGGCCAGCCAGCGAACCCUCAUGCUCCAGACCAUCAUGGUCCUCAUGUAUCUCCUCCUGGGCGCCCUCGUCUUCUCCAAAGUCGAGGGCUGGAGCUACCUCGAUGCCGUGUAUUGGGCCAACGUGACGCUCUUUACCGUCGGCUUUGGCGACUUUGCCGCCUCGACCAAUCUCGGACGGGCGCUGCUGUUCCCGUAUGCGCUCAUCGGUGUACUCAGCCUCGGUUUGGUCGUGACCUCGAUUCGGAGCUUGAUCCUCGACCGCGGCAGGCGUCGGCUGGAUGCCCGCAUGGAGGAGAAGAAUCGCCGCAGAGUGAUACGGACCCUGGCGCGGAAGGGCAUUGAUGAAAUCCUGACUCCCCUCCCACGGGAGCUCAGCAUGAACACAGCCGAGACUGAACCCGAUGGUCCGACGCCGAGCGAGUUUGAGCGGCGUCGGUCCGAGUUCGGCUUGAUGCGAAAGAUCCAAGAAAGGGCCUCGACACGAAGACGAUGGCUGGCAAUGGCAAUCUCCACGGGCACCUGGAUCCUCCUGUGGCUCGUCGGCGCCGCCGUCUUUCUCAAAUGCGAAUCGUCGUACCAGCCCUGGACCUACUUUGACUCGUUCUACUUUUGCUUCGUGUCCCUGAUGACAAUCGGCUACGGCGACCGAACACCGGUUUCCAACGCCGGCAAGUCGUUUUUCGUCUUCUGGUCCCUCUUGGCCCUGCCCACCAUGACGGUCCUCAUCUCCAACGCCGGCGACACCGUCAUCAAAUUUGUGCGGGACGGCACCAUUCGUCUCGGCAACGUCACCAUCCUGCCCAGCGACGAGGGGUUCGGCGGAAACAUGAAGCAUGUUGCCCAUCGGCUUACGUGCGGCCGAGCCUUCAAAGAGGCCAGUGCACGCAUGCGGGAUAUCGAGCAGUCAGAUCGUGUGAGCGAGAAGCCGCUGCCUAGCAGCUCCGCGGCCAAGGACGGGACUUCUUCUUCGAAUGAAGCAUCCAGUCAGUCCGGGUCUCGCCUACUGGAGACUCAAAGUAGCCGCCAGGGACACCUCGUCGCAACCACCACCGUGGACCGCCGCUCGCUCGCCCGCGUCCGCGACCGACUCGACAACCUCCCCACCGGCUACGAUCUCCGCCUGCUCCUCAUUUCCGAGAUCCAGAACCUCAGCAAGCACGUGCGGGAAACCGAGCCACGGCGCUACACGUUUGAAGAGUGGGCGUGGUAUCUCGGCCUCAUAGGCGAGGACGAGCGCGACCCAGACACGCACCACAAGGCAAAACCUAAGGAGAAGCACCGGCAGAGGCACAGGCACAGGAACAAGCACGGGCACGGAAAGCACCGCCAUCAGCAGCAACACCAGCGCCAGCAGCAGCACCCGCACCAGGAGCAGCACGAGAGCGACGAGCAUCUGAGCGACGAGCAGCAGGAGGAGCACCCCGAGACGUCGCCGCCUGUCGAGCAGGACGAUCGCUUCAAGUGGUCGUGGGUGGGGAUCCGCAGCCCCCUCAUGGGCGGGCAGGAGGAGAGCGAGUGGCUCAUGGAGAGGCUCAUGGACCGGCUGCAGGAGUCGCUGUGGGCUGCCAAGUACGAGGACAAGCAGGAUGAUGUCGACCCGACGUGA